UCGGCCACAUGCUCUCUGUUUCGUCACAUUGCCAAGCUCCAGCUCGCGAGAUCGCAGCCGCGGCAAUCGUUCUAAUCGCAGCAUUUGUACGAGAGGAGUCGUCGAACUUCGGGGAGGAAUUCAUGAGCGGUUUCGGUUGUGGGUUUUUCUGGGUGUGGUGAAGCAGGGAGGGGAGGGGGUUCUGUGAGAGUCGGUGUUUUCGGGGCUGGGAAUCGUAAUCAAUCGACAUGGAUGUGAUAAGUACGAGUGUAGGAGCAGGGGCCACUGGAAUAGAGAAUGUUGUGGUGCACCCGCUGGUGCUUUUAAGUAUUGUGGAUAAUUACAACCGUGUCGCUAAGGACACCCGUAAGCGCGUACUGGGUGUGCUCCUGGGAUCCACCUUCCGCGGGCGUGUUGAUAUCACCAACAGCUAUGCAGUGCCCUUUGAGGAAGAUGACAAGGAUGCCAGCAUAUGGUUCUUGGACCACAACUAUCAUGAGACUAUGUUCGACAUGUUCAAGAGAAUUAACGCAAAAGAGCAUGUGGUGGGGUGGUACAGCACUGGGCCUAAGCUUCGAGAAAAUGAUCUUGACAUUAAUGAGCUAUUUCGGGAUUAUUGUCCAAAUCCAGUCCUGGUGAUUAUUGAUGUACAGCCUAGGGAGCUUGGCAUUCCCACAAAGGCGUACUAUGCGGUGGAGGGAGUCAAAGUGGAUGCUACAAAAAAAAGCCAAAAGGCGUUUGUGCAUGUUGCCUCUGAGAUUGGAGCCUACGAGGCCGAGGAAAUUGGUGUGGAACAUUUGUUAAGGGAUGUGAAGGAUGCGACCAUCAGCACUCUUGCUACCGAGGUGGGGGGAAAGCUUGUAGCAUUAAAGGGGUUGGAAGCACGACUGAAAGAGAUCCAUGCUUAUCUGGAGCUUGUUGUGGAGGGUAAAUUGCCUUUGAAUCAUGAAAUUUUGUACCAUCUACAAGAUGUAUUCAACCUGCUACCCAACCUCAAUGUCCAUGAGCUUGUUAAAUCCUUUGCUGUGAAAACAAACGACAUGAUGUUGGUGAUUUACCUGUCUUCCCUUAUUCGGAGUGUUAUUGCUUUACACAACCUCAUAAAUAACAAGAUUUUGAAUAAGGAGCACGAGAGAAUUGCAGAUGCGGCAUCGGCUAGUGUUUCUGCUAUCACAGUUUAGGUAGUGUAACACCGGUGCUCGGCUCUCGAGUGGGACAUUGCUCUGCUGUAGGUUUUUCAUCCUCUGUGAAUUCAUCGUUACAUUUUCAUAAGAGUUAAUCCCACUGUUUCUCUCCAAAUUGCAAGCAUGACACAUGAUUGAUAUGGACAUAGUUCUUAAAACUCUAUUUUAGAGCACAAUCUGAAUUUUAUACAGUGGUGUUUUGUAUUUGCAAGGUUCUAGUUCAGAACGGUAUGCAUUUUUUCUCCAAAAUGCUCUAAAUAUUUUUUAC